CUUCAAAUCCGAAGGACGCUCGUCGACCUUGAGACCGUUAGGUGUUAAAUAUUUUCUAUCUCCUGUCUGCUUCUCGUUUACUUCUAAAUCCCUCAUCAUUGUUGAUUGUACAUAGUACUCAAUGUAAGUGUAUGCUGUGAGUUUUGAGGGUUCUGGGACUCAUCUGCCUCAGAAUUCGGGAUUUUUAUUUCCGCUCGCAUAUUUGUUUUCCGGAUUACUUCCUCGUUUUCGUAUACACUAGUUCAGGAACACUGUAAUUUUUCAACUCCAAAUUAAAACUCGAAUUUUCGCUCUUCUGAAGAAAGACAACGCAUAGACUAGACAUAAACCUGUUGACGUCUGAAAUAUAUUUGCUAUGAUAUGCGACGAGGCUUUCAUAUCUUCGUCUUUAGAUAACAUGUCAAGCGAAAACGUCAGUUCCUGGCAUACUGACAUACAACCAGCAGUCCAGCAUCACAUCGACCUCAAGUCAAAAUUGUGGUCAAAAGAAAUUCAGUUGGAUGUUUGUGAUAGAUUUAGUCUUUCAACACUUCUUGAUUUUAUGAAUAUGAUUCGGAAUUUGUCGUCUACUCACAUAAAAAAUAAUCCUACAUCUGAAUCACCAGUGGAUCACACUUACUUGAGUCUCCCUUCCAGUGUUUGUUUGGACAAAACCUCACUGACAUUGCAUUAUCCUCUCAGUGAUUAUGGCUCUGUACACGAUAUUCUUUGUAAGAAAGAGGGCGGUUUGAACGAAAAACUGGUAUGCGCCAUUAUGGGCCGAGUAGUAUUGUGCCUUGACCAAUUGCAUAAUAGUGGUUUACUUCAUCGAGGUUUAUGUUCGAAACAUGUACUUUUCAAAAAAACGUUAGAUCCUAACUCAAAGUCUCAUAAAUUAAGUGUGGUUCUCUGCGGCUUGGGAAGUAUGGCACAGCUACCACCAUCCUGGAGUACUGUGGCGCGAAACGAUCUGCCCUUCCUUUAUGUUGCAUGGCGUGGUUGGAGGUUGCAUGAGUCGUCAGGAGGUGAAUCAUAUAGCCAUCCAGUAGCAUGGUACAGCCCGGAGUUAUUGGCACAGGAUUUUACUGGAUAUUCGUGGUCUUCAGAUAUAUACAGUUUAGGUCUUAUUUUGUACGAAAUGUUCACUGGUCAACCGCCAUAUAUAGGAUGUCCUCCUUCUCUUAUAUUCCUGAAGAAAAUGCUCCAGCUAGAUUUCCCUCAACUUCACUAUAAUGAAACUAAUCCGCCCAGUGCUGAAAUGGAGGCGAUCUACAAAGCUUGUACGCAUUAUGAUCCAAAACAACGUCCGUCUACAAAAGAUUUACUAAAUAUGCCAUGGAUACAAAAUGGUUUAAACAUAGUUAUCACAACUAGCGAGUUAGAUUCCUUACGUUGAAAUACUCAACUAAUCAAAACGGUAGUUUGAGCAAGUGACAUUCUCUAUAUUAGAAAACUUCUUUACAGUAAUAUUCUUUAUAUUUUUACAAUAUUUACAAUGAGUUUAUGAAUCGAGUGUACAGAUGUAUGUAUAAAUCAGAAUUAAUACAUGGUAGUCUAGUUUUU